AUGCUGGCAUCACAGUCGCAGGACAAGAUUGAGCAGUUUGAUCCACAGAACAUUCAAAACGUAGUCUGGUCUUUCGCAAAGCUUGGACAUAGGGAUAUGCCACUCUACAAGGUCUUGUCCGUUGCUUGCAUCAACCGAAUCUCCGAGUUCAGCGUUCAGGACGUGACGGGCACUGCGUGGGGCUUCGCCACCUGCGCCCUGCAGAGCUCCGCGGUGGUCGCGCCGCUGGUCGAAACGCUUGGCCUCGGCGCAGCGCAGCGCCUCACGCAGUUCGCUGUCCGCGACAUUGCAGGUACCUUUUGGGCCAUGGCCAAGCUUGAAAGUGGCAACCGACCCCUGAUGGAUUUGAUCAGCUGCCAAGCGCUGAAUUCGUUGAUGAUUCGCGAAUUCAAGCCGCAGGACUGCUCCGUCACGGUGUGGGCGAUGGCGCACUUGGCUUACGUCAACUCGCCAUUUCUGCUGCAUUUAGUGGAGCAGGUUCUGGCACAAAUUCAUCGAUUUGGGUCGCAGGAUAUCUCCAACAGUGCUUGA